CACAAGGGCAGUCUCUGCGGCAAGGAUCUCCUCUCCUAGGAGCUGAUAGUAAUAUUCGCGUGGAUGCACCCUUUCUCGUCCCUGACUAUUGGCAUCUUCGUUGCCGGAUAUAUCACUGCGCGUUGGGAUCUGGUAACCAGGCUCUACGAAUUAUCCCUCUUUGCUUGGGAUCACGGUGUAUUUGCGCGGGCAGCGAAAGGCUUCGGUAUCAUCACUUUCACCUAUUUCCUUAUCGCCAUUCCUCUGGAUAGGCUUGCUGCGCACGAAGAGACGGUUCACCCCCGGCUGCCGGCUCAUGGGAUCUCGGCUCGAGAACAACUACGUCGACGAGGUUCCUUUUGAGUCUUGACAUCAUGCUAUCAUGGUCGAGAAUAGCGAUGGCAUGCUACGGGUAUUCUGGCCGAAUUAUCUCACUCGGACAACCACACCCGGUAUAAUAGUGGGAUGGAGGAACUCAGAGUUGGACUUUUUUGUGAUAACAGUCCUGGAAGAUGUUGAGAUUCACAAUGUCGAAACCGCUCUGCGGAUGGGCACGCUCUUCAGAAACAGUCCCUACCCACUUGCGCGAAUAUUUCAGCUCUGUGAACGCUCACAGAUGCACGUUCUGGGUACACUAAAUCAUCCCUUGCCGGACAAGUAUGAACCUACCAGGAUCUACAUGUUCAGCAUUGUUGGUGCAAAGAGGCCAUACAUUUACUGCCCACCGGACGCCAACCUGUCCGUGCAAAUCGUCCUUUUCGAGCCGCCGAAUCCUACUCAGAUGCAAUACUUUUCCCUUGAGCCCAUCUCCCUCGCACUCGGUCGCGUGGCACAGGCGCCUGUCUAUGCAGUCGACGAUGUAGCGCUUCAAGAGGAAAAGGAGCGGGAAAGAGUUGGUCAGCUGGUCGCAAAGUUACGAUUCCAUACCGUGGUCAGACAGGUGCCAACUAGAAAGGAGAUGGCCCUGAUGCCGAUUCUUCGUCAGAUCAAUUGUGCACAAGAAGUGGCGGAACUUCUACAAAAGAACACGCCACUAGUUGGACCUCGGAGGAAGCGCAGCUUUUCAGUGAGCGAAAGAGUGGUUGAAUCUGCCCAAUCUCUAUAUGCGUUUGCGGCCUGGUCUGUGUGGACCUUGUUCAUGACCUACGUCUUCCCCAUGUCAUUGUACAUGUUCAAGGUUGGUAUCAUCGGACACCGCUUUCUCGCAGAAGGCAUUCUGCAGAUUUUGGAAUGGCCAUUACCACUGGAAAGAUUCCAGCUACCGGAGGGUCGCCGACGACUUGAUGGGACGCUUGCGCUCAAGGACAUUCUAGCUUGCUGCCAACAAGUUCACCUCAGACUGCAGCAAUUUUCCUAUUUUCCAACGCAAUACUCCCUUCUGCGGCAGCGUCAUGCGACGUGGUCGUCUUUCCCAACCACGAACAGCGACUACAUCCGCUUCUACAACUCUCUUUGGCUUGUUGCGAAUGACGUUAUUAUCGGCAUAGCAUUAGCCAGCUUCUUGGGCGACAACGCUACAGCCACUGCGCAAUUCCUCGAGAGUGUAUUGAACGAUUAUACCAUUGAAGGACUCAGGCGAAUGAUCAGAUGGCUCAUGUCGUAUCCUGGUGGGUUGAAGCUGAACACUGAGCUUGCGGCAUUUCUCGGUGAUCUGUUUCUGUGGGUUAUCGAGUAUUGGUCUUCAACGACAGUCAUACUUAUUCUGUCCCGACUGCCGACGAUCGUGUACAUCAUUGGGGUUUCCUCAUUUGCAGGAGCCAGCAUGCCUAUUGCCAUCUGCUCAGAUCUGCUCAGCUUGACGACGUUGCACAUUUAUUCCUUCUACGUUGCCAGUGCGCGCAUCUUCAAUUGGCAGCUCACCAUCAUCACCAGCCUUUUCCACCUGUUCCGCGGUAAGAAGCGGAACGUUCUUCGCAAUCGGAUCGAUAACUGCGAUUACGACCUGGAUCAGCUUCUGCUUGGCACAAUCUUAUUCACGCUGCUGUUCUUUCUUUUGCCAACUGUUGUGGUCUUCUACUUGACAUUUGCGUUGGCCCGGAUGACAAUCAUCUCGUUCAAGGCGACGCUGGAUACCUGCCUGGCAUGUCUAAACCACUUUCCGCUCUUCGCCCUGAUGCUUAGAAUCAAGGAUAGCGGAAGACUGCCGGGUGGUGUGCAUUUUCAGCUGCUGGAUACUGAGCAAUUUCAUCUCCCUGGCCAGGACGAAGCGCCUCGCAGCGAGGACAAAGGUGAAGGGAGUGGGGAGAGUGAAGAAGAACCAGAGGCUUUCACCACCAGUGUGGCGUACAUCAGUCUCUCGUCGACCCCACUGUCAUUGCGGCAGAUUUUUGAGCAGUAUUUCCAGCUUGGGGCACGCAUUCGUCGACAUUAUCUGUCCCCGAAGGUGAUCUUCAGACUUUUGACCGGCCGAUUUGUGCCACCAUUGGGAAGGAGUGAGAUGUACGGCUUGCAAUAUUCUGUGCUGCCUCGAGAGCGUGCUACAAUAUCGGAGGUAUGGAACAGCCUGGGUGAGAUGCAAACAGCUCAGGCGGGCACUCCUGUAGGGGGUUUGCAGAGUCGACAGGCGUCAUCGGAAUCGCUUGGACGAGCAUUUGGCAAACAGUGGAAGUGAUUGUAGUCGACUGUAUAGGAUUAUCUCGCGCUUCUGCAUUUGGGAGUACAAACCUGCCCAACCCGAGCAAUGAUUACAUCAUCACCGGCACAGACCGGUGUGCAUAUCGACUUUCGU